UAGUUAUAAGAGCGAAUAUUGGUACUUGGUUUGACUGCUAGUGACCUCAAUUCUAAAUCCCGCAGGCUGUCCUUUCACUUUAAAAGCGUUUCAAUGAACAUUCUUUCUCGCACCAGCUUAAUACUGAAGACAUACUUCAUAAAAGAAACCUCAGUUCGUUUCUAGAACGUCGAUUAGUGAGUCGUCCGUCGUCGGUGUUUUUAAGUUUCACUUUCAUUUAUAUAUAGAACAGCCAUUGAAAUUAACGCACUUGAAUACGAAUAAUCGGUGUGUACGCAGAGAUUUCCUCUUUAAAAUGAUUGUGAAGACCCUGGUUUCACAGUUGCUGCUUUUAUUAGUCUUCUACGACCCCGCGCAUGUAACAAGCCUGAUUAUACCAGAAGAGCUGCCGACCAUUUUAAGUUUAAUAUAUUCGAAUAUAUCGCCAAUCAAAAAAGGAACCGAUUCCAGAUUUGGCAUGGGUUUUCGAUUAGGUGAACACGCGGAUUUUCAAAUUCUUAUUGAACUAGGACCACAAACCGAGACGGAUCCAAUAGGUACAUCCAACGAUGCCAAAAGACGACGAGAUGCGAUGAUAAAUGCUGCGAUGAAAGGAGAUCUAGGACCAUUGGCACAAGCGGUGGCUAAAUAUCAAAUAAACCGUAAAAUUCAAAAAGAAAUGGAUGAACUCAAAAUAAUAGAGGAGAAGCUUAAAAAGAUUAAAACGGAGAAUACAAAGGCUCAAGAUGUAAAUACGAAAUUUAUACAAAAUGAACCAAAGAAAAUUUAAAUGAUCAUGACUGGGCACUGGGCAGAUACUAUUGUAUAACCUCAUUAAUGUCAUGUUCAAUGAAACAUUGAAGUGACGAACAAUGCAUGUUAUAAAAUCCUAUUACUGUGCCAUAGCUAUUCGUAAAGCGUUUCGUUACAUAUCACUUUCAUCUCUGUCACGAUUUUAUAUUAAUAGACUGUUUCAGAGACUUGUUACGCUUGGAUGUAGAAUGUUCUACCACUGUUUUUUGCCAAAUGAAGUCUACAUCACAAUUAUAAUUAAUAUGAAAAUCGAUUCUACGAUUACUAUCAUGUCCGUAUUCAUAAACUAUGUUUACACAAUAUCCUUAGCACCACUUUCACCAAGCUCCGAUUAACUUAACGGGCCUUUAAUUUGUAAUUUUGCAGGAUUCCAACUGAAGCUGAUGUCGGAGAAAAAAUGUGAACUGAAGAGUUAAAUUAAUAUUUCUUUAAUUAGAAUUAACUGUAAUUUUACAUACUAUAUUGAACACAAAAAUAGAUUAUUAACAAACAGCUACCAGAGAGAAACCUUGCUAUAUAAGUUAGUAUUACAAAUCUAUAUUUAUAACUUCUUUCUUUACAUUUUUUCUCCGACAUCAGCUUCAGUUGGAAUCCUGCAAAGUUACUAGGCCUGUUAAGUUAAUCGGAGCUUGGUGAAAGUGGCCCUAAAAAGUGUUUAGUAACUUAGUGAAUUUGUCACUGGCCUGUGCCGCUUACCGCAUUACAUGUAAUAGAAUGAAAAGGAUUUGAGCACAAGAAUUGUCGUAACACUUACUUAGCUUGUAGACAUAAGUAACGCACAAGCUUUCACAUAUGGCAUACAACUUAUUACCCGAGAGUUGUAUGUCAUACACCAAAGCCUACAAGUUAAGUCUUUAGGCCUGGUCUACAAUUAGUCGGUAGACGUCGUAUGUUGUGUGCGCAUAACCUUUAUUUGUCGUGUCGGCUGCUGGGUCGUCGUUUGGAUUGGUUAGGUCCUAUCUUUUACGACUAACGACAUCCGACAAGCAUCAGCCAACUUGAUCAUAGACGAGGCCUUAAGGCCCGUUCUACAAUCAGUCGCAUGUCGGAAUCGGACGUUGUACGCAUGUGCACUGGAUUGUCAGCUGUUAUUAUCGGAAUAGAUGAUAGUCAAUUCCCAUCUUUUCCGAUUACGACUAGAUGAAACAUAACCUUCGAACACAUUUGUGUAUGA